AUGUUUAAGAGAAACAUCGUCUUUACCCACAAACGGCUUUCGUACAAUACAAGCACUGCUAUCCUUACAUUCGCGCCAUCACUAGAUCGUUCAAAAGACACACUUCUUCUCAAUACCCUAAACCCUAAUUCAUCUUUGCAAUCAACUUCUCCCUCCUCAACAACAUUGUUCGAUCAAUCUUAUCCGGGCAACCUCGGAAUCACGCAAUUUUCUUCCUCAAAUUGGGAAAAAUAUGAAUCGCUUGUUACUCAAUAUCAGUAUUCUUCUUCCCAUGAGGAUUCCAAGCAGCUCCAUCUACAAAUUUUCAAGAAUGGGUAUACUUCAGAUGUGUUCUUGCUUAAUACCCUUGUCAAUAUUUACACAAGGAUCGGUGACAUGGUUUCUGCACGCAACGUGUUUGACGAAAUGUCUUUCAGGAACUCAAUUUCAUGGUCUUGUUUAAUAUCAGGGUAUACCCGAAACCAUAUGCCUAACGAGGCCUGUACUGUUUUCAAGGAGAUGAUUCGUGGGGGAUUUCCACCUAUUCAUUAUGCUAUCGGUAGUGUUUUGAGAGCUUGCCAAGUUCUAGAAUCUCAUGGGCGUAGAUUUGGUCUCCAAGUUCAUGGCUUUGUUUCAAAAACUUUAAAUUCUUUACAUGAGGUCGUAUGUAAUGGGCUGAUUUCAAUGUAUGGGAAUUGUAUGGAUUCACCUGAUUAUGCUUCUUGCAUUUUCCAUGAGAUGGAAGUUAAAAGUUUGGUGUCAUGGAAUUCGAUUAUUUCAGUCUAUUCUCAUAAAGGAGAUACAGUUUCUGCUUUUAAGCUCUUAUCUGGUAUGCAAGUAGAGGGAUUCAAACCAACUGAAUACACAUUUGGAAGCUUAAUAAUAGCAGCUUCUGCUUUAUCUGAAACAAGUUCAUUUUUGCUUGAUCAAAUGAUGUGCAGAAUACAAAAGUCUGGAUUUUUACAUGACUUGUAUGUAGGUAGUGCUAUGGUGAGUGGGUUUGCUAGAUCUGGUCAAACCACCAUAGCUAGAAAGAUCUUUGAAUCAAUGGAUGUAAAGAAUGUGGUGUCCAUGCAUGGACUUAUGGUUGGCUUAGCAAGACAAAAACAUGGAGAAGAAGCUGUUGAAGUUUUUAUAGUAAUGAAAGAUUUAGUUAAAUUAACAUCUGAUUCUUAUGUAAUUCUUUUAAGUACUUUUGGUGAAUUCUCUAGAUUAGAAGAAGGUAGGAGAAAGGGUAGAGAGGUUCAUGCUUAUGUUAUCCGGAAUGGAAUCACUGAUUCCAAUGUCGCGAUUGGAAACAGUCUGAUAAAUAUGUACUCCAAAUGUGGCUCGGUUACAGAAGCUGUUUCUACUUUCAAACUUAUGACACACAAAGACCAAAUUUCAUGGAAUUCGAUUAUCACUGGUUUUGAUCAAAAUGGUUACUUUAAAGAUGCAGUUAUGAUGUUUUGUUCAAUGAGAAGAAACCAAGUGACACCUGCAAAUUUCACACUGAUUAGUGCUUUGAAUUCAUGUGCUGGUUUACAUUUAGCAACUUUAGGACAACAAAUACACUGUGAAGGAGUUAAAUUUGGACUCGAUACCGAUGUUUCAGUUUCAAAUUCUCUUAUCGACUUUUAUUCAGAAACCAAAUGUUUACAUAACUGCAAGAAAGUAUUCUCAUUGAUGCAUGAACACGAUCAAGUUUCAUGGAAUUCCAUCAUCGGCGCAUUUUCCGAUUCCGAUUCCGAUCCCUUAGUUCCUGAUUCUGUUUUCUAUUUCAUGGAAAUGAUGCGUGGUGGGUGGCGUCCGAAUUCGAUAACAUUUGUAAAUAUUCUCGGAGCAAUAUCGCCUCUUUCCAUGACUGAAUUAGUCAGACAAAUUCACGGGUUAUCUCUAAAACACCAUGAUUCCGAUUAUAACACAGUGGAAAACGCGAUUCUAUCGUGUUAUGGAAAAUGUGGAUGUAUAGAUGAAUGUGAGAAAGUUUUUUCAAGAAUGGGAAUUCGAAGAGACGAAACAAGUUGGAAUUCAAUGAUUUCAGGCUACAUACAUAAUGAGCUAUUAAACAAGGCUAUGGAUUUGGUCAAACUUAUGUUGACCAAUGGUCAAAGGUUAGACCGCUUCACUUUUGCUACUGUUCUUAGCGCGUGUGCUUCAAUUGCAACAUUGGAACGUGGAAUGGAAGUCCAUGGAUGUGGGAUUCGUAUGGAUUUGGAAUCCGAUGUAGUGGUUGGAAGUGCAUUGGUUGAUAUGUAUUCAAAAUGUGGAAGAAUUGAUUACGCGACACUUUUUUUUAAUAAGAUGCGUGUGAAAAAUGUUUAUUCUUGGAAUUCGAUGAUAUCUGGAUAUGCUAGAUAUGGAUAUGGGGAUAAAUCUUCGGAGAUAUUUACGAAAAUGACCCUGGAAGGGCAAGCUCCGGAUCAUGUGACUUUUGUUGGGGUGUUAUCUGCGUGUAGCCAUAUGGGUUUGGUUGACCAAGGGUUUGACUAUUUUAACUCCAUGAGUAAAGUAUACGGGUUAAACCCUAAAAUGGAGCAUUAUUCUUGUAUGGUGGAUGUUCUUGGAAGAGCUGGUGAGUUUGAUAAAAUGGAAGAUUUUUUAAAGAAAAUGCCAAUGAAUCCGAGUGUGCUUAUUUGGAGAACUGUUCUUGGAGCUUGUUGUAGAGGGAAUAGUGAGCGAAUGAUGGAGUUAGGGCGGACAGCUGGCGAAAAACUAUUGGAGUUGGAUUCCAACAAUGCGGUGAAUUACGUGCUUCUUUCUAAUAUGUAUGCAUUAAGAGGUAAAUGGGAAGACAUGAAAAGGACACGUGGAUUGAUGAAAGUAGCAGAAGUGAAAAAAGAAGCAGGGUGUAGUUGGGUGACAAUGAAAGAUGGUGUUCAUGCUUUUGUAGCUUCUGAUAGAUCGCAUCCUGAUACAGAUGCGAUCUAUCAGAAGCUCAAAGAAUUAAAAGGAAGAAUGAAAGAGAUGGGGUAUGUGGCUGAGACUAGAUACGCGCUUCGUGAUCUUGAAAUUGAGAAUCAAGAGGAGAUUUUGAGUUACCAUAGUGAGAAACUUGCAGUUGCUUUUGUUCUUACAAGGAAAUCUGAAAUGCCUAUUAGGAUAAUGAAGAAUUUGAGGGUUUGUGGUGAUUGUCAUACUGUGUUGAAGUAUGUUUCCAAGAUUGUGGGAAGGUUGAUAGUUGUUAGAGAUUCAAAUAGGUUUCAUCACUUUGUUGAUGGUAAUUGUUCUUGUGGUGAUUACUGGUAA